AUGCGGCGCGGCGGCGGGAACGGCAGCGAGGGCGAGCCCGAGUGGCCGUGGCCGUGGCCGCCCUGCGACGAGCGGCUGUGCCUGGCGCUGCCCAUGUGGGUGCUCGUUCCCAUCACGGCCGUCUGCCUGGGGCUCUUCGUGGUCGGCGUGGCGGGCAAUGUCCUCACGGUGCUGGUCAUCCGCAGCUACCGCGACAUGAAGACCACCACCAACCUCUACCUGGGCAGCAUGGCCGUCUCGGACCUGCUCAUCCUCAUGGGGCUGCCCUUCGACCUCUACCGCCUGUGGCGCUCCCGACCCUGGAUCUUCGGGCAGCUGCUGUGCCGCCUCUCGCACUACCUGAGCGAGGGCUGCACCUACUGCACCAUCCUCCACAUCACCGCCCUCACCGUGGAGCGCUACCUCGCCAUCUGCUUCCCCCUCAAGGCCAAGGUGGUCGUCACCAAGCGCCGGGUGAAAGCCACCAUCGGCGUCCUUUGGGCCUUCGCCUUGCUCACCGCCAGCCCCUUCUUCUUCCUGGUCGGCGUGGAGCAGCCCGACAACCACACUGACUUCAGCCGCGAGUGCAAGCCCACCCCGCAGGCGCUGCAGUCCGGCCUGCUGGCCACCAUGUUCUGGGUCACCACCUGCUACUUCGUGCUGCCCGUCACCUGCCUCAGCGUCCUCUACGGCUGCAUUGGCCGCGAGCUGUGGCGGAGCAACACCCGCCUGCGGGGCCCCAGCUCGCUGCUCCGGGAGAAGGGGCACCGCCAGACGGUCAGGAUCUUGGCUGUGGUGGUUCUGGCCUUUGUAAUUUGCUGGUUGCCUUUCCACAUUGGCAGGAUCAUAUUUAUAAACACCCGGGACAUGAGGACGAUGCUGUUCUCCCAGUACUUUAAUAUAUUCGCCCUGCAGCUUUUCUACCUGAGCGCAUCCAUCAACCCUGUCCUCUACAACCUCGUUUCCAAGAAGUACAGGGCGGCAGCCUGCCAGCUGCUGCUGCCCCGGCGAGCUGCACAAAGGGCUCUCACGGCAGCAAAGGACCCUGGGGGCUACACAGAGACCAGCACAAGGCCCGAGUACACCACCAGCUUCUGA